CUAUGCAGUGUUUCGUUUGGAAAUUUCUCAAAGCCAGAAAGAAAACAGGGCAUUGCGUAGGAAACUACAGCUACUGGAACUGAAGGUAGCAAGGGAGCGCGCAGACAAGACAAUGCGAGAGCGCAUCCUUGCCAGUCGUCCCAGUAGUGUCAAGAUCCUAGACCGAUACAGAGGAAUGGAAAGAGGGGAAGGAGAUCUCACUGGAGGCCACAGGAGCUUUGUGAAGGCAGCAGGACAAAAUACAUGUAGAGAUGACCAACCAAUCACUGUUGAUGAGGGGAGUGGAACCUCGACCCAGCACGUUAUCGUGAUAGAGUCUGCAGAUGCAGAGGCUGCAGGUCCUGGGGUCAAGCUGGAGAGGUCUGAAGGAGAGGAGGACCCACGGCACAGCAGAGACAUCCAGACUGGAGCAGCGGCUGAAGUGGCGCCCCCUGUAGCCACGGAGGACCCCACAACCGCUCCAGCGCAGCCCAGAACCCGACGCAGCAUCACGGAGGUCAGUGGAACGCAGAACGCCGCCCUCAAGUCAGAGACAGACACUGAGACUUUAACAGGGCUGGAACGACUGAGCUGUGCUCCUGCUCCCCGCUCAGAAUAUAUACCUCACGGUAACCUGAGCCCGAGGACGGUUCUGUCCCAUCUGGACUCAGGUGACGCGUCACAGACUGGCAAUGAUCCAUCCUUUUCAUACGCUACAGAGACAGAGAUGAUACCUGGUGACAUGCCUUUGGGCUUAGAUACACAGACUAAUCCAAUGAGAGGGGACUGGAACCGGCACGGUAGAGGUGUAAACUCUGAAGGGUUCCUAGAUAAGAAAGGGGAGGGUCUGAUCGUAGAUGAAGUUACUGUGAAAGUGGAGAGCGACGAUUCUCUGACAUGGAAUGCAAAUGAAACUCACUUAGGAGAAGGAUACUCGCAGGGUAACACCAGUGACUUCUUAGACUACAGGAAAAGCUUAGAGACAAAUCUAAAUGUCGCAACCCACUCCCCAUUACACGCGUUCAGGGAUCGCGACCCAGUGUCCACGUUGAUAGAGCCUUCCGAUUCACACAUCCGCAUCCUUUUGAUCAGGUAUUGA